AUGGGCCUGGACAAUUUCAACCAGACAUGGGUGAGCGAAUUCAUUCUCCUGGGGUUGUCCAGUGACUGGGCCACUCAAGUCUUCCUCUUCGUCCUCAUCCUGGUCAUGUACUUAAUAACUAUGGUGGGGAAUUCCCUCAUUCUCCUCAUCAGGCUGGACAGCAGGCUCCACACCCCAAUGUACUUCUUCCUCAGCGUUCUGUCUUUGGUGGACAUUUGCUAUGCAAACAGUGUUGUCCCCCAAAUGCUGGCCCACUUCCUCUCAGCCCCAAAGCGCAUCCCAUUCCAUGGUUGCGUGCUCCAGCUCUGGGCUUCCCUGGCAUUAGGUGGUUCUGAAUUCUUCCUUUUGGGGGCCAUGGCCUAUGACCGCUAUGUGGCAGUGUGCCACCCACUGCACUACACAACUAUCAUGCAUGGAGGACUAUGCCUGGCAUUGUCUGCCAGCUGCUUGCUGGCUGGUUUCUCCAAUUCACUAAUGGAAACAAUCAUUACUUUCCAGCUCCCCCUGUGUCACAAUGUCAUUAAUCACUUUGCCUGUGAGACUCUAGCAGUGCUUCGGCUGGCCUGUGUGGACAUCUCCUUCAACAAGGUCAUGGUGGCCUUCUCAGGAUUUGUAGUGAUCGUACUUCCUUGUAUCCUGGUCCUGCUUUCCUAUGCUCGGAUAGUUGCUGCCAUUUUGCACAUUCGCUCUGCUAAGGGACGCCACAAAGCCUUUGGGACCUGCGCUUCUCAUCUCACUGUGGUUUGCAUGUGUUUUGGAGCUACCAUCUUUACCUACCUGGGGCCACGCUCUGCCUCCUCUGUGAAGAAAGAGAAGAUGGUUGCUCUGUUUUACACGGUGGUAGCUCCCAUGUUGAACCCCUUGAUCUACAGCCUGAGAAAUAAGGAUGUUAUUGCUGCUCUCCAAAAAAUAUUAGAGAAAUUCAGA